AUGGUGUCCAAGCUUUUUCUUCUCAGCGCUGCCAGUGCUCUCCUCUCUGGCGUCUCGGCUCAAUUCAACGGAGAGGACCAAGACAUUAUCGUCCCGACCUGCCCCCGCUGGUCCAUGAUCCUCUGGCAGAACGCAGUCCCCAAGGACGAGAACAAGACCUUUCCUCGCACGCACACGACCAUGUGCUACGACAAGACGUCGAUCCACCUCAACUUCACGGCCCUGGACGAGAAGAAUUUUCACUUCAACGCCUCGCAGGGCAACAACGACCCGAUCUGGCAGUACAGCGUCAUGGAGGCCUUUAUUGCGCUCGGCGAGGACGACCCGGCCACGUACCUCGAGUUCGAAGUCAACCCCAACAACGUCACCUUCCAGGCCAUCAUCUACAACCCGAGCAAGGUCCGCGACGAGCCCAUUGACACGGCCUUUCUCGGCAUCCCGUUCCCCACAACCACCGACAUCGACAAGAAGACAGAGUACUGGAACUCGUACACCCGAAUCCCGCUGGGUCUCUUCAACCUCGACGCCAAGACCGUCAGGGGAACCAAGUGGAGGAUGAACUUUUUCCGCACCGUCACUUCGAACGCAACCUUUCCCGAGCAGCAGCUUGGUGCUUGGAAGCCUACCCCCAAGGCCAACUUUCACAUGACGCCAUACUUUGGUCGUGUCAUGCUCGACUGA